UUCCCUAGCUAUCAAUCAUCACUCUCUUCCAUACUCAAAUUCAAACCCAAAUUCAAACUUUUAAAUAUGUCGUCUAAAGUUAUCCUCAUUCUUGGAUCCGGCGCCAGAAUCGGUGCGAAUGUAUCUCGCGCCUUCGCCGCCAAAGGCUACAAAGUAGCUCUCGCAGCCCGCUCCCUCACAGAAGCAGACAACACGUCCUCUGAAAUCCACAUCCAGGCCGAUUUCUCCGAUCCCAAAUCCGUUAUCAGCGCAUUUGCGAAGACAAAGGAGUUAUUAGGGACUCCUAGUGUUGUGGUAUACAACGCCGCAGCAGCAACCAUCGUCCCGUCCCAAGACCCCCUAUCCCCCUCCCUCACCCUCUCAGCCUUCCAGUCCGACCUAAACAUAAACACAACCAGCGCCUUCGUCGCGGCCCAGCAAGCUGCUCUCGCAUUCGCCACUCUAGCUGAGCAUACCGAUGCCGCCAAGACGUUCAUCUACACGGGCAAUAUCUUGAACGAGACUGUUAUUGCGCCGCUGAUGAGUUGUGGGGUGGGGAAGAACGCUAGUGCGCAUUUUGUGAAGACGGCUGCUGGGGCGUAUGGAGAGAGGGGAUUCAAGUUCUAUUACGCGGAUGAGAGGAAUGCGGAUGGGUCGCCGGCUUAUGCUGUUGUUGAUGGGGAGGCGCAUGGGAAUUUCUAUGUCGAGCUUGCAGAGGGGCAGGGGCAGGGGCCUUGGCAGCAGACUUUUGUCAGCGGGGUGGGGUAUAAGAAGUUUGCUGUUGCUUGA